AGCACAAGCAAAAGCAAAGCAAUAGCCAAGAUUGUAGAAAUUUGAUAACCAAACCUAUCAUGGCUACCAUUCCUGCAAUAGCACUAGCAGUACAAUAUGCAGCGGGUGUUCCACUAUCAGGGUGCCAGCAGCUUCGUAGAAAUUUGGUAACCAAAACACAUCACAAAACUAUCAUGGCUGCCAAAUCCAAUCCAGCAGUGCGAUACGAAACUGGUGUCCUGGUGUCCACACCAUGCCAAUUACUUGAUAGAAAUCGGGAAAGUAGCAAAAGAGUCAAAACUAUCAUGGCUGCCUAUCCAAUACAAUUUGCAACGGAUGUUCCAGAAUCCACAGACUGCAACCUUAGGAACUUCUCUGGCGGAGAGCUAAAGCUGGAUGACAAGACCUUUUGGGAAGGGUUAGAUAUGAAUGCAAAGGACCUCCCAAGACAAAUCCUAGAUAAAGGGACGCCUAAGUUUAAGCACGACGCAUUUGGAGGUUCAGUUAUAGGUUCAAGUGGGGGUCUUGAGUACGUAUUCGGAGGAGGAGAAUACAAGUGGAUAAUUGCCUGGAGCAACUCAAAAAAUGAACUCAACAAGGUCUAUACUAAGAUCUUUAAAGGCGACGUUGUUGGUUGGAAUGAAAUCAGAGAAAGUCUUGCCAAAUCUGACGAUGAAAGCAGCUGUAAUGAAUUUGGAUACUCGUCAGAUGUUGUAAUUGAUCAAACCAGCUCUACGCCAAUAAUGACGGCCACACUUUCGAAGGCAAACCCUGAGACGGAGGCACCAGCAGAACCAACAACUGUUGAGCCGCCAGCAGAACCAACUACUGUUGAGCCGCCAGCAGAACCAACAACUGUUGAGCCGUCAGCACCAUAAGCAUAAGCUGGCUUUGCUUGCUCAUCAAACAGCGGCGUGAGGCUGUCAAAAAUAACUAAAUAAUAUUGUGCACUGCCGGCAUUGCUGCACUACUACUGCUACUACUACUAUAGUACUAUUGCAAUAAAUUUGACAGCCAGCAGACUUAACACUGCUACGUUCGAAGCAUAUCCGUGCUUAGUGUGUGUGUUUGUUAUAAGUAAAAGUUCAGUGUAAUAUGACUCUUUGUAAUUUUAGUUUCAUCGUAAUAUAGUAUAAUAAAAGGUUUUUAUUAUCUAA